AUGAUCGGGCAAGUAAAUUUUCUGCAAUAAAGAAAAGGAUAUAAUACUAAAACAAUAUGUAUAAAUAAAAUAAAAUUGUAUUCUUAAAAAAUAAUAUUUCAUAUUGUUAAAUACACUUAAUAUACCUAGAUGUAUAUAUCUUUCAGGUUCUUGUUGUUUCAUCAUGAUCAUUGGAUCCGUUUGUCUCAGUAAUGAUCUAGCUGCUCCUAAUUCUCUUAGUUCGAUUAAUUCUAAGACAACCUAUGGAUUAUUAUAAAUAUAAAAUUCAUAUUUAUAAAAAGUAACAUCCAUAAUUUUUUUUAGUUUAAAGACAAACCUGUUCAUAUAGGUCAAUUAAUUUUUUAUCUGGUAAUUUUAAUGAUUGUAUUGCUUUUAAUACUGUAUCCCAAUGUCCAUUAUUUAUAUCUGCUACAAAACCAUCUACACUAUCUACUGUAUUCAGCGAUACUCCUGUUUCUUCCUAAAAAUUUUAGUUUUAUUUUUUUCGCAUAUCAAAAUUGAUCCACAUUAUCUAAAGAAAAUAAAUACUUACCUGUAAUGUUUGCAAUGUUUUAACAAGAUUUGAUUCUUUAAGAUAUUGUUGUAUCAAACGAAUUACACUAAAAUCAAACAAUAAUAUAGAAAUAUUAAAAACAGUUUUAUCAAUUAACAAAACAUUUUAUCGUAUAUAAUUAAAUAUUAUAAUAAAUAAUAAUUACUCUGCAGAUUCGAUUUCAAUUGACAUUUUUCACAAAUAAUUGCUUUAAAAAAUAUGUAGCACAAAUAUUUCUAAUUUUGACUAAUGUCAAUCACAAAUAAUAGUAUAUCGACAAUAGUAUAUAAAUGAUACAAUGCUACCACUAUUAAGUUAUAGUUACUUUUUUAUUUUUAUUGCCAACGUUGAAAUAAAUUAAAAAGAACUAGAUUUAUUCGUUAAUUUAAAUCUAUUUUUACUUGUAUAAAGAAUGUUUACUCUUUAGAUAUUUUUAUUUCCUAAACCUUUACAAAUACAUCUAUUCUUACUUAAUAUUUGUUCGAUACCAUAUAAUUAUAAAUCGGAAUAAUUAAAUUAUUGUCAAUUAAAAAAAUAUAUAUUAUAUCACAGAUAUAUACAUUUACCAAUCGUUAAUUAUAAUCGUUUUCUUAACGGUUAUAGUUUGUAUUAUAUUAUUACGAAAUAAAAAUUAACUAUAGAUAUUCACUGCAACUUACUUCAAAACAUAAUAAAGUAAUUAUGAUAACGAGUUUAAAUAAAAUUUUAUUUUUGAAAAGUAAUUUAUAUAAAAUUUAAUAAAUAUGAUUUUGGCACAAAUGUUUAAAUUUCGUAUAUUUUAUGUGCCAAUUCACACUUUUUCUGUUUACAGGUACGCAUGCAAUAUUUUUGAAACAUUACAUAGUAUAAUUUGAUCAUGAUCUAUUUAAAUAGAAUCUACUAAUUUGUAAAACAAUGGAAAGAAUGCAUUUAUUAGUUAUUCAAUAAAUUCGAAGUUUAUAUAUAUAUAUAUAUAUAUAUAUAUGUUAUAUCAUAGUUAUCUUAUAAUCAGUAUAUGUUUCACAUGAAAAUAUUGAAAUUAAUUUUUUAUACAAAAAAUUAUUUUUGUGAACUAUAAUUCUGUGUUACUCUUAUAUUUAUUCUAACCUAACUACUUGUAUUUUAACUUUGUAUACACAAUAUUUUCAUUGAUAUUAAAUAUUACAUUUUGUUAUCGAUCGUUAAAAAAUCACUUAGAAUUAGAUUAGUGAUUUAUAACAACUUUUUUUAUUAAAAAAAAAAUUGUUUUGUAAUCAAAAGUUACACAGAACCUAGAACUUCAGUGUUUGAAACAUUGUAAGAAAAUUAUAAAUAAAAUUACUAGACAUACAUAUAUUAGUAAGUUAGAAUAAUAUCUGUUUUUUUAUAAUUUUAAAUUCUGGUGUUUUGUUAACGUUUAUAUUGCUGAGUAAAAAUUUAUUCAUAUAUUAACAUUGUUUGUCUCUUAAAUAAAAAGAAGAAAAGUAAAUGUUUGAUUAUAUUUUUAUUUAGUUUUGAUUCUGAACAAAUAAUACUAACAGUUAUUUAUUAUUAUAUGUAAUUUUUUUUAUUCAUAGGUGCAAAUCCUCUAAAGUAUCUACAUCAAACAUGGAUCUUCAUAAUUUUAUAGAAAAACGAUAUGAUAAUAUAAUUAAAUCACCAAAUGAUAAAAGAGAGUAUAGAGGUCUAUUGCUUUUUAAUAAAAUGAAAGUUUUAGUUAUUAGUGAUCCUUCAACAGAUAAAAGUGCUGCUGCUUUGAAUGUGAAUAUUGGUAAUUUAAGUGAACCAGAUGAUUUGCCAGGUUUAGCACAUUUUUGUGAACAUAUGCUAUUCUUAGGAACAGAAAAAUAUCCAGAAAAAAAUGAUUAUAAUAAAUAUUUAUCACAAAAUGGGGGCACAUAUAAUGCAUCAACUCACAUGGAUCAUACACUUUAUUAUUUUGAUAUACAUGCAGAAAAAUUGAAAGGUGCAUUAGAUCGUUUUGCACAAUUUUUUAUUGCACCACUCUUUACAGAAGCUUUAACGGAGUUAGAAUUAAAUGCUGUUCAUUUGGAAUGUGAAAAAAAUUUAGCAAACGAUACUUGGCGUCUUGAUCAAUUAGAUAAAUCAUCAGCAGACCCAAAUCAUCCUUUUUCAAAAUUUUCUACAGGAAAUAAAGAAACUUUAGAUGUAAUUCCGAAACAAAAAGGGAUAAAUGUAAGAGAAAAAUUACUUGAAUUUCAUGACAAAUUUUAUUCUUCUAAUAUUAUGGCAUUGUGUGUACUUGGCAAAGAGAGUUUAGAUGAACUUGAACAAAUGGUAGUAGAGUUAUUUUCUCAAGUAAAAAAUAAAGAUAUUACAGUACCUACUUGGCCACAACAGCCUUUUAAUCUGAAGCAACAUUUUCAACACAAGUGGUAUGUUGUUCCAAUAAAAGACAUUCGGAAUUUGUAUAUUAUAUUUCCUAUACCUGAUUUGCGAGAACAUUACAAAGCAGCGCCCGCACAUUAUAUUUCACAUUUAUUAGGACAUGAAGGCGAAGGAUCACUUUUAUCUUUAUUAAAAGCAAAAGGAUGGUGUAAUUCGCUUGGAUCAGGUAAACGGUUAGGUGCUAGAGGUUUUAGUUUCUUUGCUGUUUUCGUUGACUUAACAGAAGAAGGUAUUCAACAUGUCGAUGAUAUUGUUCUAUUAAUUUUUCAAUAUAUUAACAUGCUAAAGAAACAUGGACCAGUUGAGUGGAUUUACAAUGAAUAUAGAGACAUUGCAAAUAUAAAUUUUCGGUUCAAGGAAAAAGGUUAUCCUUGUGAUUAUACCACUGGUAUAGCACAAAUAUUAUAUGAUUAUCCAAUGGAAGAAAUUUUAAUAGCAGAACAUAUUUUCCCCUUAUGGAAACCAGAUUUAAUUACAUGGGUAAUGGAAUAUUUAAAACCGGAAAAUGUUAGAGUUCAUGUAGUUGCAAAAUUAUAUGAAAAUAUAGCUGAUGAAAGUGAAAAGUGGUAUGGUGUCAAAUUUAAAAAAGAAAAAAUAUCUCAAAAUAUAAUAAGUAAAUGGAUUAAUGCUGGUUUAAAUUCAGAUUUGAAUUUGCCACCAAAGAAUGAAUUCAUACCUGAAAAAUUUGAUAUAAAACCAGCAGAAAGCACUAUAUCCAAAUUUCCAAUAAUUAUUGAAGACACUUCAUUAAUAAGAUUAUGGUUUAAACAAGAUGAUGAAUUUCUUAUACCCAAAGCUAAUUUAUUUAUUGAUUUUGUCAGUCCAUUAGCAUACAUAGAUCCUCUCAGUUGUAAUCUAACAUAUAUAUUUGUAUUGUUGUUCCGCGAUGCUCUAAAUGAAUAUGCAUAUGCUGCUGAUAUUGUUGGUCUUAAAUGGGAGCUUACUAAUAGUAAAUAUGGAAUGACAUUGGGAAUUGUUGGCUAUGAUGAUAAACAACAUGUGUUACUGAAUAAAAUUAUAGACAAAAUGAUUAAUUUUAAAGUUGAUCCAAAAAGAUUUGAGAUUUGGAAAGAAAAUUACAUUAGAAGCUUAAAAAACUAUAAAGCUGAACAACCAUAUCAGCAUGCAGUUUAUUAUCUUGCUGUUUUAUUGUCAGAACAAAUUUGGAGGAAGGAUGAAUUACUAAAUGCUACAUCUCACUUAACAGUUGAAAAAGUACAAAAUUUCAUUCCACAAUUUUUGAGCAAAAUACACAUGGAAUGUUUAAUGCAUGGUAAUAUAACAAUGUCAGAAGCUAUCGAAACAGCAAAAUCAAUAGAAUCAAAAUUAUCGAAUGCAGUUCCUCAUAUGGUACCACUUCUAUCUAGGCAGUUAAUUUUACAUCGUGAAAUCAAACUAGAAGAUGGUUGUCAAUUUUUAUUUGAAACAAAAACUAAAUUUCAUAGUAGUUCAUGUACGCAAGUUUAUUAUCAAACGGGCUUACAAUCAACAGAAUCAAAUAUGCUCCUAGAACUUUUAGCACAGAUUCUAUCAGAACCUUGUUUUACUACAUUAAGAACUAAAGAACAAUUGGGAUAUAUAGUAUUUAGUGGAGUUCGAAGAACAAAUGGUGCACAAGGUUUAAGAAUUAUAGUUCAAAGUGACAGGCAUCCUAAAUAUGUUGAACAGAGAAUUAAUAUGUUUUUAAAUUCUAUGUUGCAACAUAUAUUAACUAUGACAGAAGAAGAAUUUCAUGCACAUAAAGAAUCAUUAGCAAUACGACGACUUGAAAAACCUAAACAAAUGACUGCUUUAUCUGCCAUAUUUUGGAGUGAAAUUACAUCACAACAAUAUAAUUUCGAUCGAGCAAAUAUUGAAGUUGCAUAUUUAAGAACUAUAACACAGGAACAAAUAUUAAAGUUUUACAAAGAAAUAUUUCAAAAUGAUGUUCAACGCAAGUUAUCAGUACAUGUACUUUCUACAUUAAAAGAAUCAAAAUUAGAAGAUGAAGAUAUAAUAGAAGAUAUAAUAGAAUCUAACGAAGAUAUUUCAUCAUCGAAUGAAACAAAUACUGCCGAACAGAAAAAAAUUGAUGAUAUUUUGUCAUUUAAAAUUAGCCAGUGUUUAUAUCCAUUAUUGAAACCAUUCAGCGAUAUACCAAGGAAAGGAACACAUUCAUCGAAACUAUGAAAUGUUUAUUGAUAAUUGUGAAUAUGUGUUUUAAUUAUGUCAUUGUAUCAGAUUGUAGUGAGUAUCAGGUAAAUAAAAUAGUUUUAACAUGUUCCAUUAUAUAUAAAAAAAAGAAACAUUUAAAAUAUUAAAUAAUUAUUUAAAAAUAAUUAAUUUUAUAUAAAUGAUAAAAAACUAAAAAAAUAACUAUAAAAAAUAUAAAAAAGUAAAAGUUAAAUGCUAAACUAUAUCAAAUAUGUAACAAAAUCUAUAUAGUUUAUUAAUAAUCCAUAAGCAUUUGCAACUGAGUACUUAAUAGAUUAAGAAAUACAAGUAAUUGUUUUGUUAUACAUCAAAAUUUCUGUAUGGUCUUGAAAUUUUCUAAAAAUAAAUAUACUACAAUUACUUUGAAUAUAUUAUAAUUUUGACUGUAGAACCUCGUAUAUAUAAACUAAAUAAAUCUUUUUCGUCAUGUAUAUACUACAAUAAUCAAAAAGUAAAAUUAUUGAUCUGGAUAAAUCAUUUGGAGUGUUUUGUCGAAUUAAAGUCGAAAAUGAGAAUCUUCACAGUUUUCGAAAUAUUUGUAAACAUAUGCAGUCAGGAUCUUACGCAACUGGAUAAAAU